UACAAUUCUAAGGUCCAAUGGCUAAGCAGCUUGGUGAUUUCGGUCAAUUCUGGCGAAUGGUUUGGCAACAGGAAGUGGAGAAGAUUGUCAUGUUGACCAAUUUGGUAGAGGGUGAGAGCACCAAAUGCGAGCAAUAUUGGCCUCAUCAUAAUCAACGUAUACCAUACGGCGAUAUAGAAGUUGUGUGCAAGGUGGACAAAUUGUACGCAGAUUUCAUUUGGAGACAAUUUACGCUUUCUAAGAAUUCCGAAGAAAGAAGUCUCCAUCAUCUUCAAUUCACAAGCUGGCCAGCAAAAGACGUCCCUGAUAAUGUUACAUCAUUGAUAGAGUUAAGACAGAGGGUGAACGCCUUGCCGAGUACCUUUAACGGACCAGUAAUUGUGCAUUGCAGUGCUGGUGUUGGAAGAACAGGAACCUAUAUAGCUCUGGACAUUCUGACUAACGAGGGUGAGGCGGAAGGAGCAAUAGAUAUCCCGGGAUGUGUUCUCAACAUGAGAAAGAACAGACUCAACAUGAUUCAGACUAUGAGUCAAUACAAGUUUCUUUACCAAGCUUUGGUCCAUUCAUUGACCAUGGAGGGGUCGUUGAUAAAAAGAGACCACUUCCAUGAAUAUAUGACGAUGUCCAGCCAACAGGAGGUACACAAGCAGUUUGAGAAACUGCAAUUGAACCAAGAGCAAAAGUCGGAUAAGGAGCUACAGGCUACUGGAAGGAAUCGGCUUCUAACAAUCAAAAACAGGAAACUCGCGGAUAUACCAGGUGAUUCCAAUAGACCACGUCUGUAUCUGUUUUUGAAACCAGGCGAAUCUGAUUACAUCAAUGCAAUAUACAUCAACAGUUUAAGAACUAGAAAUCGUUUUUUGGUUGCGCAAACACCUCUGCCUGAUACAGUUUCUGAUUUCAUCACACUUGCUGUUCAAGAAAACUGUUCAUGUAUCGUUAGUAUGGAGGGACACUUGGAAAAGCAUGAGGGGAUUGGCUUGUACUUUCCUUGUGACAAUCGGACAUUGAAGAAGAAUAUGGUUUCCGUACGAUCAUCCACAGCUCUGAAUGAGACACACUUUGUAAAAAGAAUGCUACAUUUUGAACACGAAAGAAAGACCAAAACAGACGUGAUGAUUCCACACUAUGAAUACUUGGACUGGGAUACAAAAUUCAAUAUUCCGAAGUCGGCAGAACACUUUGUUGCAUUCAUCAAUGAAGUAGAAGACGCUUCCAAAUCAUCUCGCCUCAAGGGACCGAUCCUGUUGCAUUGUCUGAAUGGUGCUGGAAAGAGCGGCCUUUUAUGUGUUGUCUCGAUAUUACUCGAAAAACUGAUUGAAGAUAAUGAAGUCAGUGUGGUCAAUGCGGUGAAUCAUGUCAAAGUUAGAAGACCACUCGCUAUUCCAAAUAAGGAGCAGUUUUACUUCUGCCACGAGUGUGUUCUCCAUUCCUUGAACGCAACUGAAAACGCUGUGUAAUACAUCAUAAGAGAGAAUGCUGCGUAAUACAAUUUAAAAGGGAAUGCUGCGUUAUACACUAUAAGAGGGAAUGCUGCGUUAAACAUUAUAAGAGUGAAUGAAGCCGGCUGUCUAAUUUAGAGCAAUAUCAUCAGAUGUGUGUCCUUGACUUGAAGAAAUGAAUAACCAUUUGACAAAUAUAUGAUGACAUGUAAAGCUGUACUGUAUAACAUUUGCAGACAUGGUUAUACUUGCAAACAUAUCAUCUGUAUAACCGUCAUUACAUAAGAAACAGAACGCUAGUAUUUAAUAUGGAAAAAUGAGCACUGUGUUGUAAAUAACGUUGUAAAUAUUUGCAUAUAUUUAUGCUUUUGAGUCCUUUUAUCACAUGUUUUAUUUUAUCAGAGUAUUAUCCGAUAGGCAAUUAGGCUAAAUAUGCUAGCGUACCAUGCGAUAAGUAGCAUUUGAUUAGAAACAUUCAUAGAUAAUCUAUGCGCGUCAAUAUGUGCAGGAUUAGCUUGACAAUUUGUUACAGAAAACUAACAACACCGAACCGAUUAACCCCUUUGAUAGCUCGGGCUUUACGCUCGUUGUUUAUAGUGAAUGAAGUGGCUGUAGGAACUUUUUUGAUAUUUUAUGAUCGCAUUGUACAUUUUCAUUAUCAUCUUGUUUACUAUAGCUAUUCAAUCAUGUUGGAGGACUUUGCAGAAUACACACUAUAUUUGAUACAUGGAAACCAAUGGCUGAAAGGUUUUUUGUUUAAAUAAUUGCUCUUAUUAAUCUAGCCUUUCAGUGUGUUAAAGUGUUAUAGGCGUUUAAAGGUAUGUCAUAGACGAGAUGUGAUAUACAUAGAAAAGAUUUGCAUGAAGAAGACCAUUGUAAUGAAUGUUUACACCUAUGUAUUUAUGGUUUGCAUUACUUUUGCUGCAAAGAAUAUAUUAGUAUUUGUAUAUACUUUUUUGGGGGUUCCAAUUGAUUUUUCUGAUGUUCUUUGUAUUUUAUAUACUAACAAUGUUUCUGAACAAGUACUUCAAAUAAUCUGUAAUACGAAUAUACAAAUAAUGAAAAAAUAUAUAUUAUCGAUCAAUGUACAGAAUAAACAAACACAGAUAUUUAUAUUUUGUAUUUUUUUUUAAUAUCAAUUGUCGAGAAAAGAUACCAGAUAAUCACAUUAUUUUCCAUAUGUGGAAUGGAUAAAAUGUCUAAUGAAACUAAAAUAUCAUUUCCCACUCAAAAUCGCAUGUCUUAAAUUUUACAGUGCAUUGAGGAAUCUGCGCAAAUUUAAAACAGGAUUCUUCUCUGUUUGAUUUAGUUACACAACAUCAUAAUACUUGCAUUUUAUGUAUCGACCGGUUUAAGUCAUGCUUCAUUUUGCCCUAAUAUAAUGACAUA